GCGGGCGGUGCAGCUCCCCUCAGGCCGCCUCAGCCGCUCCCGCCGCGCCGCCCUCUCUCUCUCUCUCUCCCUCCUUCCUUCCUUCCUUCCUUCCCUCCUUCCUUCCUCCCCCUUCGCCGCCGACGCCGACAUGUCCCGCUACCUGCGGCCCCCCAACACCUCGCUCUUCGUGCGGAACGUGGCCGACGACACCCGGUCUGAAGAUUUGCGCCGGGAAUUUGGUCGUUAUGGGCCUAUAGUUGAUGUUUACGUUCCACUUGACUUCUACACCCGCCGUCCCAGAGGAUUUGCUUAUGUUCAAUUCGAAGAUGUCCGUGAUGCAGAGGAUGCUCUCCAUAAUUUGGAUCGAAAGUGGAUCUGUGGAAGGCAAAUAGAAAUCCAGUUUGCACAGGGGGAUCGGAAGACACCAAAUCAAAUGAAAGCCAAGGAAGGGAGAAACCUGUACAGUUCCUCUCGUUACGAUGACUAUGACAGAUACCGGCGAUCCCGGAGUCGGAGUUACGAGAGGAGACGGUCUAGGAGUCGUUCCUUUGAUUACAGCUAUAGAAGAUCCUAUAGUCCCAGAAACAGUAGACCUACGGGGAGACCUCGUCGUAGCAGAAGCCAUUCGGACAAUGAUAGGUUCAAACACCGCAAUCGAUCUUUUUCAAGAUCUAAGUCCAAUUCAAGAUCACGAUCCAAGUCACAGCCCAAGAAAGAAAUGAAGGCUAAAUCACGGUCUAGGUCUGCAUCUCACACCAAAUCUAGAGGCACCUCUAAAACAGAUUCUAAAACACACUAUAAGUCCAGCUCAAGAUAUGAGAAGGAGUCGAGAAAAAAAGAACCAGCUAGAUCCAAAUCACAGUCAAGAUCACAUUCUAGAUCUAGGUCAAAAUCCAGAUCGAGGUCUUGGACUAGUCCCAAGUCCAGUGGCCACUAACAGUGUAUCCAUGUUGGUUUAGGCAUGUAAGAUUCAUUUACACACAGUUCAGUUUACUUAAAUUAUCAGGAAUAUGAUGUUGCAACAGUGCUAAAAAAUAUUUUCUUUGUCAGUUUUCCCUGUAGCCGACAAUGGUUAAAAUUAAAACAGUGUUGAGAAGCCACAGAGAGAGAGAGAGGGAGAGAGAAUGUCCACUUGAUUACAUGUCAUGGGCAGCUACUGAUUUGGUUGUGGUGUCUCUAUGUAUAUUUUUGUAAAGAUUUGCAUUUUUAAUGCUUAGAUAUUGGUGAUGAGUCGAUUGAUCGUAACUUGCAACAUUGUCCUUUUACAAAUGUCACACCCAUAGAGAAAUUGGUACACAGUUUGUGCUGAGCAGUUAAACCAACCGUUUAACUGCUUCUUUGACUCUAAACUUUGUGAGAAAGCAGAAAACUGGACAGCUGUAGUGCAAGCACUGGCUGCUGGGAAAUCAGCCUGGCAGUUUGUUCCCGAGGCUCCAGGGCAGGUUUCGGUGUUCUCCGCGCCCACCAGCACCACUAGGGUGGUAAUUGGAGCCCUUUGGAGAGAUAUUUUGGAGAUUUCUCUUUAACCCUGGACAGAUGGUACUGACAUUGCAUGUACGACACGGGGAGAGAGUUUGGACUGUGCAGUGUCGUGACGUGUCGGGACAGAGGCUUCACUGCCUUUGGCCUGGCUGUUCUAAAGGUGUGAGAAGAGGGGGUAAAAAAACCCGCCUUGAAAUGGAAAAUCAAAUUCAGAUUUCAGCAAGCAGCAGAGCAACUGAAUAUUAGGUUGUAUGUACAUUUUAUGCAGUUUUUGUAUCUAUUCUAAAUUUUAGUGAGCAGUUAACCAUAAAAUUGCUUAGUUUUCCUGCUGUUAGAUACAAGUAGAUCGUUUCGAGUUGUGUGUGUACAGUAUAUAAGAACUAAACUUUAAUGCCAAUGACUCCUGUGGUUAGUUGGUGUACUCAUAGGUAUCAAACCGUAGCCAUCUCCCUUCCUGGGUAACCAGGCUUGCUUUUUACACAGCAAAAAAAAAAAGCAGUUGGUCAAGCAAGUCUGAAUCACUCCUUCCUCAGAAUUGAUAGUUGGUUUGGUUACAAGAUUUUGUUUUACUUCAGAACAAACGUUUGGAGUUGGAUAUGAACAAGAGCUGCAUCUCUAGCUAUGUAGUUUAUCACUAAUAUACAGUAUAUUUAGAAAAUUGAAUGUGAAAAAAUAACAAACCCAGUGUGUAAUCUCAUCAGUAUUUCUCUAGAAGGCAAGAUCCUUUGUUAUGGAAAUGGCUUUUGGCAUUGUUUUUUGUUUUUUGUUUUUUUUUCUAUUUACUUUCAAAAGCCAGCAUCAAACAUUUAGUGUUCCUCACUGUCUGACGUCGUAGCAUAUAAAGGCAUCGAUUUCCAAAAAGUUCCUUUUUAGAGAAAUGUUUUAGGGUUUGGGUUUAGUGUUCCAGCAGGGCCUCCAAAGGAGUGCAGAUGGCUUUGGAGCAUCGGAACGUGCUUUAGGGGUUUGAUGGUAGAAUCUUUGUACAUUUGAUAGCAUUUCUAACUUUUCCUUUACUGUUUGCAGUUAAUGUUCAUGUUCUGCUAUGCAAUCAUUUAUAUGCACGUUCCUUUAAUUUUGUAGACUUUCCUUGGAUGUAUAGUUUAAAAACAGCAAAAAGUCUAUUUAAAAACUGUAGCAGUAGCGUGCAGCUCUAGCAGAGGAAAGUUGUGGGAUUAAACUUUGUAUUUCCUUUCUUAUAGAGGCUUCUAAAAAGGUAUUUUUAUAUGUUCUUUUUAACAAAUAUUGUGUACUACCUUUAAAACAUCGAUGUUUUGAUCAAAAUUACUAAAGACCCAGCUUAUUUUCUGCUUGCUGUAAAUUUAGCAAACAUGCUGUAAUAAAAAAAUGAAGGAAAUACUGAUCCACUGGAAUUCUUGUAGCUUUAGAAUUUGACUCCAGAGCAUGGUUAGGAAUAGAGCUAUGCACCCCUUAUGGAGUAAAAUCCUUACUAUGGUACUUCAGUAAAGGCAGGAAUUUAUCAUUUGAUACCUGAAUAAAUGUCAUUUCACAUUUUUUUAAAGGGGUACGAGACAAAAUGAGAAUGAUAAGCAUAAGUGUUAGUCUAAUAUAUUGAAUUUUAUUUACCAUCGACUUUCAUUAUUGCUGGAUGAACUUGCCCUGUGGUUAUAAUUCAGAUAUUAUUAGCCGGGUCAUGAACUACAUAAAAGCAACAACUGAAGGUGCUAAUAGGAUCAAAUUUAUAGUAUCACCUUAUCAAUUUAUAGUUGCCAUAUCAAAACUGGUGCCAGCAGUGGUUCUGUGGGAGGUGACAAAGCUUUGCUGGUGACGUUCAGAGAUGGAGCUGCCUCCUGGCACUUGCAGGAGGUUCUACCACUC